CAGUUCAGAGCUCGGUUAGGUGUGGUUCACUUAUAAUUACACCUAUUGUAAUCCUCGGAUUUUAUCUGACACCACCAAGCAGUCUUAUAGAACAUAUUUCGGACACAACUAAUUUCAAAAAUGACCAGCCAUCAAUUUAAAAUGAAAUGUGGAAAGUUUCACUUUAAAACAAGGAAAAUUUUAUGAAAAUACUCGAAAUACAUCGAAGUGGGAACAAAAGAAUCACAUCUACCUUAAACAGUCUAGUUUCAUCACUGCACAAAUCAGAAAGAAGCAAUCACACCUAUUGUAAUCCUCGUAAUUUCUCUAAUACUUCGAAUCUGUCUUACAGAACAUUUUUUGAACAUAAGUGAUUCUUAGAAUUACCAGUGAUAAAUUUAAAGUUAAAUUAGGAAAACUCCGCUUGAAAACAAAUAAAAUUGUAUGAAAAAUGCUUAAAACGCACCGUAUGGUCAAUGAAAGAAUCACACUUACCAUAAGCAGAUUUAGGCUUAAUGUUUGAUUUGACAGAAGCGAAACAAAAACAUCUGAUGAAGUCUCACUUUGCUGUGGAAGUGCGUGUUUUUCUUCGAGAUUUUCUUGAAAAAUGUUGUAAUCGUUAUUGUAACAUUUUCUUGUCAACUUGUUCAGUGGAAUCUCUGGAUGGGUCAAAAUAUCCAGAGCGUCGUGCACCGUGUGUCCCAAAACAGUCUGGAAUUCACAGAGUUGGUAGUCAAUGAUUUUGACUGAUAUUUUUACGAACCUGCACUGAAGGCAAUCUUUGUGAACUUUUCUCCGCCCACAAUUCAACCCUCUUCUAGCGAAAGAUUUUCACGGUAAAUAUUAACCCUGAUAAACCUUCUAUUACUUGGAAUGUUGUUUUUCUUCGAAAAGACUCUUGAAGCAACCCAGGAAAAAAGGCCUAGGCUCCCAAGCUUGUCAGGAAAUGUGAGUUAUAGGAUUAGCUAUUAGAAUAUAUGACCAUGGAUGAUAUUCAUUUAGUAACUUGGAAAAAAAUCAACAUUUACGAACCUGCGACGUUACGAAGGUGCAUAACCUUCCCCUAUACUGAAUUUAUCAAGAAAAAAAGCCCUGUCCAAAUUGUACCAUUGUACAACUUGUACCACUUUACCCUAAUGGUUAAACUACAUUUCCAUAAUUUUCCACUAAGUCGUCUCUCGGCUUAAGACCAUCUGCUCUUCUCAAUAAGGCUCUUUGCCGCAGAUCAGAGUUUUGAGGAAAUCCGGAAACACCAUUAAUCCAUGGAGUACGAAGAGAUCGUAGCCUACGAUUCAGAAUCAGAACAUGAUGACAUUGCUUUGGAUCACCCAUCCCCUGCCUCAGUGAAGCCGAAAAAACAAGAGGGUGGUCGUAAGCUUACUAAACGGGUUUCAGAAGCUCAGCAGAAAGCGCUUAUCAAGUUUAUGACCGCCCAUCCAGAACUUCGGAAGGGAAAAUUCUCCGCCACCUUCACGCAGAAAAUGGCUAAGGUAUUGUGGCAAAAAGCCACAAUCAAACUUAACGCCAUCCCGGGAGGGGCCAAUAAAGACGCCCUUCAGUGGAGAAGAUGUUGGCAUGACAUUAAAAAAGUGAUCCGAGCGAAAGCUGCUGCGGAGCAAAAGCAUCAGGGUAGAAAGAAAAAAAAUGAGAUGGCAGUAUCUGAGCUACUACGCGAGGAGGAAAUGAAAGAAAAUCCUUGUAUUAAAGAAGAGAGAUUGGCAAUGGAAGAUCCACUGAAUGAGGAUUUUGAAAAUCCUGAGUCGCCGAGAGAAGAUGAGGAAAUCAAUUCCUCCACAUCUAAAGUAUUUUACUCCACGGUUGAAAUUCAUCCAGAGGAAAAGAAAGCAAAUGAAAACAUCAAGGAGAACAUUCUGCAGAUGGCACAAGAUCAAGUAAAAGCUACAGAAAAGACCAACGAAAUUCUCUCAAGAAUAGCCGACGAGAUGAAACUUCAUAAUGAACAGAUGAAAAUGUUGAUAGAAAUCUUGCUAAAGAAAUAAUAUAAAAUUAUUCAAAAAGGUCUUUCCAAAGAUAAAUUGUCAAUAGAAAGCCAUUUAUCGAUGUACUCCUUAGAAUUUACUUUGCAAGUUACUUUAAUUUGUUGUUAAUGCGCAUCAAAAUGUGUGAUUCGUCUCUUUAAAUCACUUAAUAUUUAGAGUUCUAUCUAUUUACUAAUAUAAAAGGAAGACUUAGUUCGGAAAAGUGAUUUAAAUUGAUCUGAAGUUUAAGUCAAUAGACUAUUUUUCCAGGUUAAAUAUCUACCUUUUUAUCAAUAAUUAGGGUAAGUGUACCAAAUUUCGGCAUAGUUGUAUGCAAGGGCCAAAGUGUUAUGUUUGAAAUGUAAUAUUUUUAAUACAAAUUGAAUUUAUUUGUUACUUUUCUAUAAGGAGUGUUCCUUGGAACCUUGUAGGCAGUCUAUCGUCUUUAUUUUCUCUAAAUUCACUCUUAAUACAUUCUAAAAUGCAUAAAAAUGUAGACAUUACAUUUGUGGCCUAUUUCGGCCACCUUCAUUUUCACAGUUCCUUGCCAUUCUUGAAUUCUUCUAAUGUCUUUUUUAGAUCAUCUUGUUCGUCGAAGCGACAUUUUUUGUUAUUUUUUUCAUUGUAUUAUUUCUAGAGUAUGCAAAAACUAAAAAUUCAAUGAAAUUCGAGGAAUAAAAAAUGUGGCCGAAAUUACAAGCUGGUCGGAAUUGACACACUUACCUUAAAUCAGCUUUUGAAUAUUAUAUUAAGUGACUCAUAGACACAAUUUAUACAUUUGAAAGUAUAUUAGCGACAAUUAAAAUGAAUCGCAUUUAAAUUUUAAUGAGUGAUAAUACUGUAAGACUUUUCAGAAAUAUACUUUAUU